CUUAAACCAGAAUACAGUCUUAAAAUUAAUACAUUUAUAUUUUGCAAGUGAAGGUUUCAUGCUUUUUCAAAGGAAAAUUACUUAUUUUGUUGCUUUAAACCAAAUAAAUGGAUUUUGGUGAAUUGGUACGAAUACAACUGCACAAUGGAUUGGAACAUACAGAUAUUAAUUGGCCUUUCGUCUAUUGGGAUGCUAAAUUUAUUCUAUUUCCUCUAUAUGACGAAAUCACAGACGACGGAAAGAGUAGAACCGUGUUCGAUAACAACAUAUUUAAGUGCUUUUACGAAUUUUAUGGAUAAUAACGGCAAACUACAGUUUUCUGAUUCAUUAUCAAAGGAAUGCUUGGGAAAAGCAGGAAAUGAGGUUAAUAUGAUCGUAAGAAAAUCAGUUGCCCAAAGUAUACGGGAGUGUCAAUUAGAAAGUGCUAGGAAAAUCGGUAGAAUACCACUAAAUGAUAAUAUUUUGACAUUAUUUACUUCUUGGUCAAUAGAAUCUGAUAAAUUUCAUGUUCACAAUAACACAGUAAUAAACUGGAAUACAUUCAUGCCUCGUGUAAAUUUGGUUUUAUUUACAAACGACAGCGCAUUGUCUGCUUAUGUGCGGGACCGUGGCUGGACGUCAUAUCCGGUGACAAGACAUGCAGCAGGAGGUGCGCCAAUUCUUAAAAAUAUGUUUCAGACUGUCAUGAAUAAUUUCAAUUCCACUUUUUACGCAUAUGCAAACAGUGACAAUCUCUUUGACUCAUCAUUAUUAGAUACAUUAUCAACAGUUUACAAUGAUCUAGAUAACAAAAAACCUUUAUUCAUUAGUGGCAGAAGGACAAAUGUGGCAUUUUUGACCCCAAAAGAAGCGGCAUCUUAUGGAAAUAUUCAACAGGCAGCUAAAACACGAGGGGAAUUGUUCUUAACUAAUGCUCAAGACUAUUUUAUAACAAACAAGUAUUUUGAUUGGUCAGGUUUUCCUGACCUAGUUAUUGGCCGCAGAGCAUAUGAUAAUUGGUUGGUAUUACGUGCUCGUGCAAUGGGUGCAAAAACAGUUGAUGCGUCUAAAACUUUGCUACUCGUUCAUCAGACUACAAAGGGAGGAAACUUUGAAGGACAUGGUCGUGUAGACCCUAAUUACAAUGAUGAUCUCAUUCUUCGUUUAGGCCUGGAUAGAACAUACGAAAAAGGGUUCACUACAUGUAUGGAAUAUGAAACCUUUAUGUCACUUUGUGACGAAACGGAAGUAAUUCAGCGUAAUGUGAUACCCGAUUAUUGUAAGUGAGAUGGGGAUAAAUUAAAUUCAAUUAACCAAAAGCUCAACAAUGGCAUACACUUUCACAUUUGUUUAUUUUCUUUAAUUUGCUACCAUCUAGACUUUUUUUAAGUUGAUGAGAUCUAAUCAAACCUUGUUGUCAUACUACAAAUUCAAUAUCCAAAGCAGAAUUUUUAAUAAAAGUAUUCAUUGGUGUCAAUAUA